AUGGGAAAUUGUGGAUGUUUGAAGAGAAAUGAUAAAGAAUUUGAUGAUUUAGAUGAUUAACCAAUUGAUUAGACUCCAGUCUAAGAGAAUCCAGAUUAAUAGAAACCUAUAAUACAAAUGAGUUCACAUUCUGUCCCUUUAAGGCAAAAAAUUAAAGAAACAGUGAAUCUAAAAAAAUCCCAAACUAUUGAAGGUGAAAAAAAGCUUAAUGAUUAUAUCUUAAAAUAAGUAUUAGGAUAAGGUACAUUUGGAAAAGUGAGACUAGCAGAAAAAAACUUAUAAAAUUAUGCUAUAAAAAUACUAAACAAAAGCAGACUCAAAAAAUAAAGAGAGUAUUAUACAGAUUCAAAUGGAGGUUAUUUCUUUAAUUAUCCUCUUAGUGGUGAAAAUCAAGAAUGCUUUUUAGAAUGUAGGAAAGGAGAUAGCUAUUAUGAAGAAAUUACGGCAUCCUAAUAUCAUUCGUCUUUAUGAAAUUAUUGAUUCUCCUAAUUCAAAUAAAAUGUAUAUGGGUAUUCUCUGCUUUUAUUAUCAAAGUAAUGGAGUAUGCAUAAAAUGGGUAAUUAAUUGAUUGGAAUGAAGAUUUAGGAUAAUUUGUUAUAACAAAUAAAGAUUAUAAAAUAACAGAAGAUAAUUUAAGAAUAAUUUGUAGAGACAUUAUAAAAGGUAUUUAUUAAAGUAAAUAUAAUUUAUUAUAAAUAUAGUGCAUGAAUUAGGAAUAGUGCAUAGAGAUCUUAAACCUUAAAAUAUUUUGUUUGAUUAAAAGUUUAGAGCUAAAAUUUGUGAUUUUGGAGUUUCUUAAAUUAUUAAUGGUGAUACUGAACAUUUUGGUACUAAUGGCACUUAUUUGUUUAUGGCACCUGAAUGUUUUGAAAAUGGUUAAUUUGAUAGAAAAGCAGCAGAUAUUUGGUCAUUUGGAAUUACAAUAUAUUCAUUUGCUUUUUUAUAAGUGCCAUUUAAAGGAUUUGAAAUAUAAGAAAUAAUGGACUCAAUCUAAUAAAAUGAGUAAAUAAAAAUAAUAUUAGUAGAAUUGAAUUUCCUAAUUGUAGAAUUGAAUUUUAAAAUUUUCUUUAAAAAUGUCUGAAUAAAGACCCAAAUACAAGAGCUACAAUAAAAGAAUUGGCAAGAGAUCCUUGGUUAAAUGAAGGCUAGAAGAUUCGAUUGUUAGAUGAAAUCGAACAGAAAUUCAUAAACAUAUAAGUUGAUGAGGCUGAGAUCUAAGAAGCAUACUCAUUGGCUACAUUUAUAUUAAUAAAAAAUUGGGUUGCUAAAUUGAAGCAUUAAUGA